AUAUCUCUCGACCGACCCGAAUCAUUACUCUGAGCCUUACCUAUUUUCGACAAAUGGCUUCUUGAUCAGGCAAACUCUAGUCUACUGUUUUUGUUAAGAUUUAAUUCCUCUGAUUUUAUUUAUUAUUUUUUUAUGUAAUUUGAAAACUAAUAAUUGCAUCUUGAGUCGAAAGUCCAAGUAUUUCAUUGCUGAAAGCCAGUGAUUUAUAUUCUCAGUUUAGAGGUUCAAGAUUUUGACUUAUUUUAGUUUUGCGGAGACACUAUUCAGAUACUCCCCGGACUGGGGGUUUGAUCUUUUCUUGAUUGUAAAUUGUUUUCGAGUGGUGUUGUAUGGUUUCUAGAUUUUUCUGUAUAGUGUUUGAGAAUUUCUUUCUUUUCAUAUAUUUGUAGUUAAUAAUUGAGAAUUUAAGUUCAGAUUUUAUUGGGUUUUGGUCGUUCUUGAAUGGAAAAUGUUUAUGCAGGACUGGAUUCAUUGGUUCCGAGUAAUGUUUUAUGGAGGUUUUCGAUUAAAGGGAAUAUUGUUUGAGAAUUUCUUUCUUUCUUUUUUUUUUUUUAUAGAUUGUAAUUCAGAUAUUUCUCGAGUCCAUUUUAUUGGGAUUUGAAACAGGGGCUUCUGAGAGGUUUUGAGAGAGGAGAUUGGUUCAUAUGAAGUGGUUAGUCGAUUCAUUGAGAGGUGAUUCAAAUGUACAGUGGCUGUUGCAUUUUCAUGAAAAUUUUCGUGGAUUGACUGAGGUGAAUUGUGGCGAAUUGAAUUCUUUAACUCGAAACUUUGUCAUUGUUUUGGACUGCAAAUAUAAUAGAGCGGGGCCAUUAUGGCUGAAGGAAACGAGGGCGUUGACCUUAAGUUCAGAAUCUUUGAUGGGACAGAUAUAGGUCAUGGAACCUAUGCAUUAUCAAUGACUGUUGCUACUCUGAAGCAAAGGCUUUUUUCUGAGUGGCCUCAAGAUAAAUCAGUUGUACUGAAGUCAGUGAAUGAUAUGAAACUAAUACAUGCUGGAACAGUUUUGGAGAAUGGGAAGACGCUUGCUGAGUCUAGAAUUCUUGUUGGUGACCUUCCUGGAGGAUUUAUUACUAUGCAUGUGGUUGUACAGCCUCCUCUUGUUAAAAGAAAAAAAGGUAAAAAGUGGGAAGAAGAGCAAAACCAGAUCACAUGUGGAUGUACCAUCCUUUAGAAUACACAAUGUCGUUUCUUUUACCUUUGUGGGUUUACUGCACAGUGAGAAAUUUCUGGCUAGCGUCAACAAUGUCGAUGAGUUCUUUGUUCUUUAUAAUCGCUUCUACUUUUGCUAAAGUCUCGCUGUGAGAUUCGCCCUCCUGAUUUUUUUUUUCGAGAAAGCACGUGAAAGAAGGAGAAUUUUACUGCAGUGUAUGUGAUUUCUAAUUACGAUCAAUGAUUUCAAAGAUGUCUUUAUUCUUUAUAAUCAUUUCUACUUCUGCUAAUGUAGCUCUAUGGAAUCCGCUAUUUGAGUUGAUGGUGUAAGGGUUUUUUUUUCAAUUGUGCUGUAUAAAGUUUAUGAUUUGUGUCAAGGAGCGUGAUAACUUGAUUUCAUAUUUAUUUUAUGUUAGUUCUUUA